UAGUCUACGUUUGGGUGGGAACGUGCUGCAUUUACCUACUAAGUACAUACCUACAUACGUAAGCUAAUCCGCCGGGGUCGGGAUUCUAGAUUGGUGGCUCUUGGCUCUCGGGGUCCCCUGCCAGGCUCGAAACCGUUCUCUUUGUCUGGCCGAUGUUGUUGGGUGUUGAGUAGGCUAGGUGUUGAGUAGGCUACCUCGGAGGAGUCUACAGAACAAGAAAGGAGUUGCGUAUGCCUACGUACUUCCUACCUACAUGCGACACACAGAUUCACACAUUGGCUUGGUCCUCUUCCUCGCCACCCGGAGCGGGCGGGACCCUGCAGGGCGGUAUAGGAGGAGGCUUAACCUGUGUAUACUCAAUAUGUACGCAUCGAUUACCGUGAAGUGGCAAGUCGCGGAGCUGCAAGCCGCGAGCCUCAUCACGAACAGCCACUCUCCGUGUCUUCGCCCUGUCGCCUCCGAGGCCCGACCAAUGAGCGAGGUGCUAUAUCGCAACCACCUUCUCUUCCUCCAUCUCCCGAUUCGCGACCCUGGUCCCUCCUCCGUCCCCUUUUCAAACCGACGGUGGGGAUACAAACAACAACAACAACCCUCUCCCUCUCCCUCUCAGGGUUCUAGAAGGCCGAAGCAAACUAGCUGGCGAGCGACGAGCGGGCCCUCACCGAGGGCACGGGCGGGACGAGCGACACGCACCGAGAGAGGGCUGCGUGGGAACGGCGCUACGGCCGACGGUCGAACGCCAAUUCUGCAGCAAGCAGACGUACCUAGUCCAUGUCACCGCAUUGUUGAGCUGGCGGGCUCGCGGCAGGCAGACGGCGAGCGCGGUGGCUCUAGCGUAUGCUGGGAGCAUUAGGUAGGUUAGGUAGGUAGGUAUACGCAGAGCAGCGUGGGAGAGGCUGGUCGGAAUUGUGGUCUUCUGGUUUCACUAUUAUUAUUGUUUGGUCAUGGAUUCCCUGGGGCAGAAGAUGGCUUGCCGCGUUCGAGGCGUCUCCGAGCGGGGGCAUGAAGACGUAGGCGCCACCUGGCUAUACCUACCUACCUAGGUAUAGGUAUAUUGACAUGUUAUCGUCGUUAAUACGGUGGAUAGGUAUUCGAGGCAUGAUAGGUAUACCUACCUAUUAUCUGCGCCCGCGACCUACCAAGCACAAGAAUACAUGCUCGUAGGUUGGUCGGUAGGUGGGCAAAUACCUAAUAUGGACUACAACAUGCGUGUAGGUAUUAAUUAAGCUCGUGUCCGACGACGGCCGCCCGCAAUGACGGUACCACGACGGCAUGGCUCUGGCGAGACUGCGAUCGUUGGCCGUCCGGCCGCGCCGUCGGCUUGGCUCAUGUCGCUGUUACUCCAUUCUUAUCUCAUCGUAUCUGGUCUCUCUUCCUUUGGCUAAGGUCCCUCGGGCGACCGACGGGUCCCUAUGAGUAAGUGUGCGUACCCAAGUGCUGGUGAUGUUACAUAGGUAGGUGAUUGACUGGGC